AUGGCGGAUAUCGAAUGCCCAUUUGUCAAACGUGACCAAUUCGAUUCAAACUCAUUGCUUGAUAAUAAUCAAGAAAAUAAGAGUUUAAAGUUGGAAACAAAUGAAGAAACUUAUGGGGGUUUGAUUCGGGGUUCCGAUUCGAAUCAGUUGAAUGAAUUUUCUCCUUCGGAUUGGAACAAUAGUAAAGGCAGCAUUGCUGAGAGAAGGGCUGCAAAAUGUGGUUUUAAUGCUCCGGAAAUAGAUGUGUCCCAGUUUAUCAAUGCCACCACCACCGGAGUGGUGGUGCCGCCAAUGGUCCGGUCACCGUGUUUCACCAUACCUCCUGGUAUUAGCCCAGCCGCGUUACUCGACUCUCCUCUCAUGCUCCCAAAUGCUCAGGCACAACUCUCUCCUACUACUGGAACCUUCCAAUUUCCUCCAUGCAAUCUUGAGAGCUUAUUAAAGUUCAACUUCAAAUCCAAGGCUCAAAAUGACCUCAAUUUGGUGUCAACUCAAAAUGACCUCAAUUUGGUGUCAAAUAGGUCGACAGCAGGAGAUAAGCCACCUGAGAAUUUUGAAAAUUCCUCGCAUUCGCUAGAUGCUGCUAAAGUGGACUGUUCUGCAGAUGCAGCUGCUGAAAUUGAAGUGUCACGAAAUAAAUUCUUGAAUGCCGAUUGUCCUAGUUCACAGUCGAACAUUACUAAUGCAGAAAGCGAUAAUAAAGAAAGUGGCCCCAGUCGUAAUCUCGAAAAAGAUCCAAAAGCGGCAUACUUUUCUAAGGAAGUGUCCAGGAAUUCCGAGGAUGGAUACAACUGGAGGAAAUAUGGACAGAAACAUGUGAAAGGAAGUGAAUUUCCAAGGAGUUACUUUAAAUGUACUAAUACAAAUUGUCCUAUGAAGAAAAAGGUUGAGCGCUCACACGAUGGCCAGAUUACAGAAAUUGUGUAUAAGGGUUCUCAUAAUCACCCAAAACCUCUGCCCUUUAGGCGAUGUGACUUACAAGAGACUAGUGAAGGUAGUGGAUCAUAUUUGAGAGCUGAAGGUAGAACAGCUUGGAGAAACAUCAUGCCAGGGUGUAGGGAUAUGCGGUAUGGCUCGGAUUGGAGGCCUGAUGGUUUGGACAGGAUGUCUUCCACAUCAUUUUUACGCGAUUUUUCUUAUCCACCGUUGUUAUCAGAACCAACGAACCUGUUUGAACCAGUAGGAACUCCGCAAUUCUCAUCUACAUUUGCCAGUCGAGAUGGUGAUAUUGAUAAAGAUGAGGCCACUCUAGACAGCACACCGUUUGUUGAUGACGAUGAUGAUAAUGAUGAAUCCGAGCCUAAAAGGAGGAAGAAAGACAGCUUCCCAAUUGAAACCACUAUAUCCUCAAGGUCAACGCGGGAACCGCGAGUAGUUGUCCAGAUAGAAAGUGAUAUUGAUAUUUUGGAUGAUGGAUAUCGCUGGAGGAAGUAUGGCCAAAAGGUUGUAAAAGGAAAUCCAAACCCGAGGAGUUACUACAAAUGCACUACUCCUGGAUGCCCGGUGAGGAAGCAUGUAGAACGAGCUGCUGACAAUUUAAAAUCUGUAAUCACAACAUACGAGGGGAAGCAUAACCAUGAAGUGCCUUCAUCCAAGACUGGAAGCCUUGUGAAUUUACCUCCUGCUGUCACUAACAGUACUCAAUCUGCCUCAUCAUCACUGUCUCAGAAUCCCGGCAUGUCAAAAGCUGGAAUGCAGGUUCAAGAUCUCCCCUUAUACUUGGAAAGGAAGCCCGUCUUGAGUAAUGAAUACAUGAGCUCCAAUUUUCCUGGAAAUUUUGUCAGUGAUAUGAACUUUGGAGCUUCUUCCAUUUACCAAUUCGCAUCUCCUCCAUUAAAUUCCGUACCUUAUGGAACUAUACUGAUGAGCGCCAAUGACUUGGAUACAUGUCAGUCUUCGAAUAUUCAUCCUAUGGUAUCGGAUUACAUGUCACUGCCAUUACCGAUGAAUCACCUUCCUCGAUCAGGAAACAUCCAUCCGGGCAAUUUUCACUUGGACAAUUAUAUAGUGCCAAGUGGUGCGAAUAUUCAGUCUUCAAUUCAAGGGCAUCCAGUCAGAGAGUGCUACGCCAAGAUUCUAACGCCGAAAGAAGAGCAGAAGGAUAAUGACGAUGAUAUAUACGGAGCUUGCCUAUCCAUUCCUGAUCGUGCAAAUGCAACAUCAUCGACAUGUUUUUAUAGGGCUAUAGAAAAUUUCCCAUCUUAA